AGGUGUGCAAUCGGAGCUACAUUUGGCCGAUGACUUCGGACGUGGAGCAGGUCUACUGCACGACGGAUUCUGUGGUCUUUGUUGGCUGUUUUUGUAUUAUGUGUGGUGUCAGCUUGUUCUUGAUACUCUUGCCGUAUGCCUUGCGCUUUCAUGUUGAGAUUGAAGACAUUUCUCUCGAUCGUGCUGAUGGUGUUUGCCACGUCGUUGUUAGAACUCAUGGCAAGCACUGGCUUACUCACCGCUCACUUCAAAGCUCGAUUCACAAUUCCUUGUCGAGACUUCGUAGAGGUAGAGUGUCGAAAACCGGGAGCCUCACCAUCAAUGGGCAUGUUCACGUGUCGAAAUCCGGUCGCAUCCUGCCCGCGAUUUUCACUGGCACAGAGCAUCCAUUCCUGGAUGCUCCCAGCUUGCAGGGUGCAGAGGAGGGAUGGGUCAUGACGGAAGCAGCAGCGAUCGAGGCAGAAGCUUCCGCUUUGUACUACUACUGGGCAGCAAACCCGAUGGAGCGCACCCCAUCCAUCACAGCGAAAGCUGGACAUCUCAUCCAGCCAGUGUCGCCCUACCACCUCCUUCUGUUCUCUCCGGAUGGCAUGCCAAACACGCGGGCCAUCGAGACUUCCAAGGGCAUCAUUCGCAUCCCAUUCCCUUUGACGCUCUUUGCGGCUUCUGUGCCAGGCACGGUGGUGUCUCUUGGUUGGCUGUUGGUCUUUGCCGGGGUGCUGGCUUUCCUGCCAUUCAUUGUCAUGAUCACCUCCCCCGAGGGGGCCAAAUGGGUGUAUCUGGUCUCUGCGUUGAUCGCCGCACUGAUAGCUGUGCUUUUUCACGGCACUGCAGCCAGCCGCCGUGAAUUAUCACCGAUGCAGCGCAAGCUGAGACGUCACUGCAAGAAUCUACUCCGCACAAAUCCAGCACCAAUCAGGACACCGAAAGGCCCAGAAAGAGCAAUUAAAGCUGGACACCUUGUGGACGUGGCAGAUGCGUUUAAUGACCGUAUUCGGCAUCGCGAUAUGUAUUACGUUGCCACCAACAUCAUCAAGCCAGUGACACGCACGCAUCGCUUGUCCUAUGCUGAAUGCGUCGGUCCACAAAUGGUGGACUGGUUUGUGUCUCACUACUGGGGCACCUCGUUUCGGCACUUUGUCUCCACCCUCCAGAAGCACUCUGAGGCGGUGGUGGAGCCACCUGCAACCCCUCCGGACGUGGCCUACUGGAUUUGCAGCUUCAGCAACAACCAGUGGCAGAUAGAGGAGGAGCUUGGCGCUGGCUGGGAGGAAUCAUCUUUCUUCCUAGCAUUGAAGAGCCCUCGCUGUGUUGGCACCGCCAUGAUCCUCGAUGAUGAGGCUCUACCUCUUACGCGUGCCUGGUGCCUCUUUGAGGUGUUGCAGACGAAGAUCAUCAGGACGACCCGCGAGAACUUUAGAGGCCUCUACCUCUGCACCAUCACAGGCGUCCUGCAAAACGGCAAGUCGGGAGUUGACCUGCCUAUGCGCAUUGCAGAGCGACUAGCGAGUCUGCGCCUUGAGAACGCCACCGCUUCGGUGCAGAAGGACAAGGAGAUGAUUGGCGAGCUGGUGUCCAAGAUGCCAGGUGGCUUCCAAGCAAUGAACCACUUCCUGCGGCGCAACAUCUCGGAGGCUCUGCGAACCAUGCAGGCAGUGUUCACCUCCGAAUUGGAGACAUUACUGCACAAGCUGGACAACGCAGAGCUCGAAAGCGAGCAAGACUCGGAAGACAACAUCGUGUUGUGUGUGGACGAGUACAACAGCCAGAGAGGUUUCGCUGCGGUGCCGUCAGAGCAUUCGGUGCCGAUAUCUUGAGCUUUUUGUAGAUCUGUCGUUUGCAAAGUUGACCUUGAGGCACCUGUCCUCUUGAUUCGUUCCCAGCCAUGGGUGCUGGCUGAAGCCGUGGCACCCAUGUGAGGUGAACGGUGAACGCUCUUUGCCUACAUGGGUCCAGUGACAUGAAUGGAUGCUCCAUGAAACCUUGGC